AUGAGUGUAAUCGGAUUACGUCAAUAUCAUAUUCAAGAUGAAUCAGAAAGCACUCCUUUAGAAUCUUUACUUCAAUUGCGCCAAAAUCUCCAAGAGCUACUGGCAGAAUAUCAUUUGAAAGAUAUCUACAACGCGGAUGAAACAGGAUUGUUCAAUAGGAUGGAUCCAAAUAUUACUCUUGUUACUGGAUCGCGAUCAGGAAGAAAGAAGAUAAAAUGCCUUGGACGAGACAUAUAUUUUCCAGGCAUUGAAUUUUCAGGAAAGGUCAAUGUUCUUCAAGCAAUUCAGCAAGUCGAAACAGCUUGGAAAGCUGGUAUAAUUUUGGCAUCAUACGAGAAUUCUUCCACUUGGAUAUCUUUUUCGGAUCAGAGUGAUGAUGCUGAUUUCGGCAACCCAUCUAAGGAUAUUCUUGCCGUAGAACGUGAGACAUUAAACGUAAUUGAAAGAAUGGAAAAUAAUCAAACUUUGCAAGUUAUUGCUCACUGCUAUUUUGACGAUAUAGAGGAUAUUCCUCUUGAGGAGGAGUUGGAUGAAACACACAUCUUGGAUUUAGCCCAACGUUCAGAAGUGGAUGACGAAGAUGCAUGUGAUACAGAUGUAGAUGGCGAACACAAAAUAUCAUUCUCUGAGACCAAGAUUCACCUGAACAAGCUCAUUAAAUUUCUGGCACAACAGCCAGUUGAGUUUUCUAAGGAGACAGAAAAUCAAGUCCUCUGA